CGUCGACAGAAAAUCGUGAGGAAGAGGAUAUUUGGAAAAGAUCCAUCCGUUUGAAAACACACCACCACCACACAUGGCUUCAGAACUCGUAAUGGAAAGAGAUGACUACUGCCGCUGCCGCAGUCCCAUUCCCCGCCGUCGCCGUUCACCACCAACACCGCCGUACCAGCACCACCAUCCGCACUUCCGUCUCAGCCUUCACCUCUUCCCGCGCAAUCUCCCGGAGUAGGCUGAGAGUUAGCAAUGGCGAUUCUUCAUCGGAAAGUGUCGCCGCCUCCGGAGAAGCGACGUCGGAGGCGGACAGGAUCGUGGACGGGAUGGAUUUCGGGGAGCUGUGCAACGAGUUCGAAUGUAUAAGUAGUCCCCAGGUGGAAUCCACGGCCAGACAGCUCGCCCGUGACAUCUUUCAGCUCCGCCAGGGCAACCGUGCCCUUGGAACCUUCGCCGUCUCAGUCACAUACAAGGACCCAGUCAGAAGUUUCACUGGUCGAGACAAGUACAAGAGGCCUCUCUGGUUCACUGAUGCCCUCCAAAACCCUACACCGAGCGUGCGAGAAAUGGUGAUGCUGUCGACCAGCUUGCUGAGGAUCAGGUGGACAGUCAGAGGGAAGCCGAAAUCUUUUGCCGGUGCUUUGCUUGCAGGAGAGCUGAUCAUCAAAGUCAACUCUGAGUUCACUCUGAACCAGAUUAGUGGACAGGUAAUCGAGCACCGAGAGUCCUGGGACCUUUCAGCUUCAUCCCCUCCAGGUCAGGCAUUCUUCUGGGCGUCUCGUCGCCUUUUUGCCACCGUCGAAGCUGGCAGAGACUUGGGUGUUCUGUUCAAGGAUCUGGGCAGCCGCAUUUCACCCCAAAAGGAUAGCUCCGACGAUAUUUAUCCCGACCCCUCUGGUGAUCCUACCAAAUUCUUUCAAACGGACGAUAGCUUUCAACGAGACGCAUACCAGAUCGCUCUGUUUCUAGCCGUUGUCUACCUGGUUUUCCAGUUCCUGAAGAUAACCUUGUAAAUUGUAAUGCACGUAUAAAGCAUAUAUUGAUGCUCUUGCUCCCCAUGGUGCAAAAUACUCUGGUGGUUAGCAGCAUUGCGACUGAGUUGCGUUUGCAAUCCAAAAAUUACCAAAAUACUUUUCAAUUUUACAUCUCAAUCCUCUAACUGCUGACAUGAUUUUACUAUUCCAGAGUCGUUUCUAUUCAUUCGUGCUCGAAUAUGUGUUCAUCUUCACCGAAACUUUCGCUCCUGACAUGAUCUAUCAUGUGGGUUUGCGAGACCCUGAUAACGUCUUGAACAAUCCUACUAAAUAAGAUAGGCUACAUACA